AUGAAGUUGUCCGUGUCUGCCCUUUUCUUGGGCCUCUUGACCACGGCUGAUGCUGCCGGUCGCAUCAACCGUGUUCCCGACGAAGAGUGGGAUCACAUUCUCCACGGCUCCGACAUCUUGAGCCAGCGAUCGACUGAGACGGCCAGGACGGAUGGUUAUCUGGUGGACUAUUCACUACGGUCGAGAAUUGUUGACCCGUCUGCGCUCAAGGUCGACACCGUCAAGCAACUGAGCGGCUACAUUGACGACAAUGCCAGCGAUAAGCACUUGUUCUUCUGGUUCUUUGAGUCUCGUAAUGACCCUGUCAAGGACCCCGUCGUCCUCUGGCUUAAUGGCGGACCGGGCUGCUCUUCCAUGAACGGCCUCUUUACCGAGCUCGGUCCCGCCACCAUCCCGAACCCUGACUUGAAGCCCAAGAGAAACCCCUACUCCUGGAACAACAAUGCCUCGGUCAUCUUCGUCGACCAGCCCGUCAACACGGGAUUUUCCUACAGCGGAUCCAACGACGGCACCAGCGUGGCCAGCGCCAAGGACCUGUACUCGCUGCUGACCUUUUUCUUCCAGCAGUACCCUCAGUACGCUAAGCAGGACUUUCACAUCUCGGGCGAGUCCUACGCCGGCCAUUACAUCCCCGUCGCGGCGGCCGAGAUCUUUUCCCACGCCAGCCGCAACAUCAACCUCAAGUCUAUCCUCGUUGGCAACGGGUUGACGGAGCCUCUUACCCAGUACAAGUAUUACCGCCCAAUGGCCUGCGGCGAGGGCGGCUACCCGGCGGUGUUGAGCCAGCAGUACUGCCAAUCUAUGGACAAUGCACUGCCCGAGUGCCAAAGACGUAUCCAGAGCUGCUACGACACCGAGAAUGCGUCCACUUGCCAGAGCGCGACCAACUACUGCAACUCAAACGUCCUCGGUGUCUACAGUCGUUCUGGGCGGGAUGUUUACGACAUCCGAAAGCAGGACGGCGAGGGAACGCCCGACUAUAGCACCCAGUUCCUCACCAGCAACUACACCACCAAGAUUAUCGGUGCCGAGCAUGCAUGGACCCUGUGCGACAGCAGCGUCUACCAGGCCUUUUCCAGGACCGGUGACUGGAUGAAGCCCAUUUGGCGUGUCGUUCCCGGCCUUCUCGCCAAGAUUCCCGUCCUUAUCUACGCGGGUGAUGCCGACUACAUUUGCAACUGGCUCGGCAACCGCGCCUGGGCAAAAGCCCUGGAGUGGCCUGGCAAGGCUGCCUUUAACAAGGCGCCGGAAGUACCGCUGAAGCUGGGUGGUAGCGGCAAGGAGUAUGGCAAGGUCACUCACUCUGGAAACUUCAACUUUAUGCAGAUCUACGGAGCUGGACACAUGGUUCCCGAGGACCAGCCUGUGUCUUCUCUGGACUUCUUCAACCGCUGGAUUGCCGGCGAAUGGAACAAAUGA